AUGUCUCAAGUAGUAAAGAUCCAGGCCUGGUGGCGGGGCACCCUGGUGUGCAGCACACUGCUGCACGUGGCUCUCAGAGUGUGGAUCAUUCAGGGCUGGUGGAGGCAUAAGCUGGUGAAGCUGCAUGAGAACAGGCAGCGGACAGCUCUGGAGAACUUUACACGGAAGGAGUGGGUGGCAGUCAGGCUGCAGUCCUGGGUCCGCAUGUGGCGCAUCUGUUGGCGCUACUGCCAUUUGCUCAACGCUGCCCGCAUCAUCCAGGCCUACUGGAGAUGCCACUCCUGCGCUUCCCAGGGUUUCAUCAAGGGCCACUACAGAGUCACGGCCAACCAGCUGCAUCUCGAACUCGAGAUCUUGCUGGGCUCAGGGCCUUGCAUUGUGACGGAGUGUAUUCCCCUUCCAAUAAAGCAGUGAAGCGGUCUUUCCCCAGCUUCUCUCUGCUUGAUAAGCUCCAGGAAGUCAGGGCCAAUGAUGCCAAAUAGUUAGCAUCUCAUAUGCUAGCUCUGAGGAAAUGGCAGGGGUUGUCUGAGGAGGAGGAUUUUGAGCCACUGUCCAGACUGAGCAGAGACUGUGAUUGAUUAGCAACGUCUGACAUAGGUAGGAAAGUUGGGGGUACAGAUCUGCCAUGCUGCCAACUCAGGGAGCAUCACUCAUGUUCAGUCUAUGGAAAUGGUGCCUCUCCCUAAGGCUGUGUAUAAUGGAAGCCUGGGGCAGGG